AUGGAUAGGUCUAGGGUGUUUGCUUCUCUAUCUCGGGUAAUCUCCAUGGGCGAUAAGAGGAAGAUGCUCCAGGAAUCCCAUGUUGAAGGAAACCUAGAUCCUUCGGAGAUACAGCAUUCAGAUGCCUUAGAGCGCAAGGCGCGGCGCAAGAGGCGCAAGAAGCAGCGCAAUGAGCAGAAGAAGAAAAUAGAUGAACUAAGUAAUUCACUGAAGGAGUUGACUGAAACUGUCAAGAAACUGAAGGAGGAGACGGCAUUGAAGGAGAAAGUAACUCCAAAGGGGUGCUGUUUCGAAUCUGAAGAUGCAGCUAUGUUGAAGCACCGGGAAACCAUUUUCGUCUCGGGAUUCGAUGGUUCUUUGCCUAGUGAUGAGAUCAGGAGGUCACUGAAAGAACACUUCAGUUCUUGUGGAGAGGUCUCGCAGCUUUUUCUUCCUUUUCAUUGUCAAACCGGCAUUCACAUGGGAUAUGCUUUCAUUAAUAUGAGAAGUCAUGACCGGAAGGCGUUAACACUGGAUCAGAGCUUCAUGGGAAAGCAGAGGCUUUUGGUUACGAUGGCUGACAAGAGGGAAGAAUCCAUUUGCUAUAGAAACCAUUUGAGCUGUUCACGCUGUCGUCGUGUUCUGAUGGAGCGCCGUGCUAGACGCUUCUAUGAGAGUGGUUGGAGAAUGGCAAGAGCUGGAAGAGGAGGAAGCUGGUGAACGUUGCUGCUAUAUGUUCACAUUUCUAUAAGUUUCGUCUAGUUGCCUAGUCCAGGUUAGAAAAGAAGCCAUGCAUGUAUCGCAGCGAAUAUUAAAGAAGCAGUAAAAAACAAGGCAGACCAGAGGAAAAACAGAGCACAUGAUCAGUAUUAUCCUCUAUUGUUAGCUUACCUUCAUGUUUUCGUUCUUCAGUAUCUAUUUUCAUCCCCUG